UUUGAUAAUCGAUUUGGAUACAUUGACAUUUUUAUUCAUAAAAUUACAAUUAGAAGUACGUACGGUUCUGCUUCUAAAACCCCUCGUUUCCGUUCAAAGCUAAAACCCUAGCCCGCUUUCUCUCUGGCCCUGUGCAACCCCCAGAAUCGAUCGAUAUGGCGAAUGCAGAGUUUUUCCAAACGGAUUGCGAGUCGAUUUUGUCACAAAUUAAGCACCAAGAGAAGCAGAUGAGACUCAAAAGAAGAUGGUUGAUGGGGCUUCCUACAUCCAAAUCUAGAAGAAAGCGUUUUGAAGAACCUGAGUUUUUGAAACAGAGGACUUUACCCGAGUCUUUGCUUAGGGAAGAUGAUAUAUUCUAUGAGACCAUAAGAAUGCAUAUAGAAGAGGCCUUUGGAGCAUGUAAUGCUGAAGGAUGGCACAGCGUAAAUGAAGAUCAUAUGGUAUUGUCUGGCACGUGCAGUAUAACAAGAAGAAUUAUGUCACACCUUGAUGAUUUGACCAAUAAGGGGCUAUAUCUUGUUGCCAUGAUUCUUACAAGAGGCUCUUGUGAGUUUGAGAAAACUCGUUGGAAGAUGAAGAAGGUAAUUAAAGAUCUUCUUCCAAAAGUUUUGGGAAGCAGAAAUCACAGCCAUCAAAUUAGCAUAUGCAGACAGCUAUCUCAACUUCUCAGUGACCCAAAAAAUUUCCGAAAGAAAGGUGUGACAUUUUUUAUGUCUAGAUCCCAAUCCCAUCAUGCUGCUGUGAAAAAGGUGCUAUCUGGACUAAAAGACUUGCCUUGCGAGAUCCUGAUUGUAAUGUACAGGAAGCUUAAAGGUUCCCAAGCAGGCAUGCCUCAAUUAUUGCCUCGCAGACAUGGAUGGGGUCGAGAUUAUUUAAUUAAACAAGUGAGGAAAUAUAGCGAAAGGAUGCUUUCAGAACUUGGUGAAGGGGAUGAAUUACAAGAGCCACUAGCCAAAGCAAUGUCAGUACCUGGCUUGCUGCUAAAGCUAACACCAGGUUUUCAAAAUUCGUCUGUGACGGAGUUUUACCCAUUCUCUUCAGAAGUAGAAAGCCUGCAGAAUGAGAUAGCAAAGGCUAUUUUGUUACUGAAAACAAAGGUUAGGUUACCAGUGCUUAAAAACUUGCAACUUUUAUUAGACCCGAAUGCCAAAGUAUCAAAUCGGUGUUUACGGACAGCAAUUAGGAAAAUGUUGACUGAAUAUCUCUUUGAGUGCAGUGAAAUGGAUGCCAUUCCAAAGUCUAUAUUGGAAACUCUUGCUAUUAUCAAUAGUAAUUCUCAAAGUACACUGCUUGAAUGCUUUAGUAAGGAGAAAGUUGAAGAAGAAGUAGAAUGUAUAUUGAGUGUGAGUGCUCUGACAAAGCAGAUUGUGUUGGAUUUGCUACCUGACCAUGACUUUGAUCGAGAAUUUACCGAUGCAUAUAUGGAGGAAUUAGAAGAAAGUGAUGAUGGUAAUGAUGAUGACGAUGAUGGCUGGCUCCUGGAAGAUAGAAGCUGUCAGAAUAGUAGGUCUCGCUGUACUGAUUCAGUUGAUGAAGUAGAAAGUACUGGAGAGUCAAUACCAUUCAAUGUCAAGCCACCUACCUCUACGACCAACAAGAGCAUCCCUUCCUCCCCAUUUACCCCCCAAAAAGACUUAAAUGGUGGUUCUGUUGAGGGACUUGAACCUAACGAUACUAGUGGAAUAGAUUCUAUCAAUCCUAAUAGAAUCAUUCCUUCCUCUUUAUCCGGGAAAUCAAGAUUUCAUAGCAGGAUGGUUGACGUGGAUAUGAUCCAUGACAAAGUUGAAGGUAUUGGCAGAUCUUUCAUGCCUACAGAUAGCAAUUAUUUCUCCUCACCUGUUUCAGCAAACCAAAGGUGCGAGAGAUGUGAACCUGAAUGCAAUUCGGGAAUAGCUCCAGCAAACACUCCACUUUUCAUCUCUUCAAACUUUUCAUGUGGGGAACAAACAGCUAAUAAUGACAAGCAAAGUAAAUGUAAGAACCAAUACCUUGCCAUCCAAGAAAUUUGUGAUGAAACUAGUAUGGUUGCCUACAACCUCAUUGGUCAUUUGCUGGAGAAGCUAGCACAAACAGAAGGCUUAGAUUUGGACUGGAGAGACCAUUUGUAUUUACAAGGUGAUAAUUCUAUGGAAGAAGAUUCUCUAGUGGGAAAGGAAGAGCAGAAUUUAUCUGAGGCAUAUGAUGGAGGUUCAGUUGUUGUCCGAGUAGUUGAAGAGCAAAUACCUUCCUUUCCUAAGAGUGGAAUAGAGAAAGUGAAGAAAUUAUUGGGCUUAUGGUAGCAUUCUUUGAGGCUUUGGUGGUCAUUUUCAGAGGUCCUGACUGUAGUUUGGAAUGCUUUUGCAUUCUUUUACCAGCUUGCCCAUCCCUUCUGAGUUCUGACAUAGAGGUGACGUUCUACAUCUCAUGGGUUUUGAGCUUUAUCUCACUUGAAUGGAAAUCCAAAUGAAGAAACCCAGAUUUGAAUAUUGCGGACAUUUGAGAUAGCAGUGUUCCUACGGUUGCCCAGAACUGGUGUAGGAGUCUUUCUGAAAAUUGGGUAACCGCAAUAGCGCAGAUGAUGUAGUUUGAAUAUGCUUUUCGUCUGUAGGUAAUUAGGGAUGUUGUCGGUAAGUCUUUUAAAAUCAUCAUCAUUUUAAAAGUCUGAUUGCCUGAUGGCAUUCGAUCUGAUUUUACAAAUGAAAAAGCUGGUUUGGAACCCCCCACCCCUUAUGUUAAAAAAAAAAAAAAAAAAAAAAAAUCAUCAUUUCCUCAUUUCCUAGUAUAUCAUUAUUUGAUCGAAGAACUAUUUGUUAGAUGAUGAUUAAAAAAAUUUACUGAGUAUCAUUAUCAUGUUUAAAGAAGUAAUUAAAGAAGAAAUUGAUGGUUAAAUGUUCGUGUUUAGAUUGAAUUAAUUUACGUUUUUCAUUCCGUGUUUGCAUGUGGGAUUUUCGUGUUGUUGGUUUCAUAAAAUCAUAUCAAGAACUGUUUUGCAUUAGCUGUA